UCGCUCCGCACUCCCCAACCGGGAUCCCCCGGGGUCCCUCUCCCCAGGUCUGGGCGCUCUUCUCCAGUGCCCGGAGAGUUUCGACUUAGAGGUUGUGUGGUCGGUGACCGGUCUUAAGAAGUGGAGACCUCCUCCCCAGGGUCUGGACCCUCUGGCCAGGACACACCCACCUACCUCCGCCUCCAACCCUCUUUCCCAGGAUCCCCUCUCAGGGUCUAGGCAUCACCCCCCUUUCCAAAGCCGGGAAGCCCUCCGCGUACAAGACUAUGCGGCUGGACCCCACCCCCAUCCCCCCACCCCCCACCAGAGUCUGGAGAACCCCUGGGUAGAGUCAGGACAUCCUCCUCUCUGGACCCUAGGAUCCCCCUUUAUCUCCAGACUUGGGGUCACUUAUUUCCCAAAGACGACCCCCAUCUCACGUUCUACCAGUGCUUCCUCCCUCCGUUUACCCCUAGGGCUUGCAGGGAUGAGUUCAAACCUGGGUGGGGAGUUCGGGUGGUGUUUGCAGGCAGGUUUGCAUUCCCAAGAGGCAAGAGACCUGGGAUGGGGUCAGAUCAGGCUGGCCUCCCAGAUGUCUCCCAGCUUUAAACUUCAGUCCCUCCCACUCAGGGCACACAGCGGGGUCAGAAGCAGGCCAGGGGUGAGUCUGUGCCUCCGCACUGAGCUGUGUUUGCUGGAGGAGGAUGUCGCCACCCUCUCAGCUAAGCCAGACCUCACUAUACUCUUCUGUAAAAUGGGCAGAGGCAGAGCUGUACACAGUAGAUCCUUUGCCCACAGCCUUUCAGCCUUAGCCCAACAGCCCCAGAUGUGGGGACUGUCCCUACUAGCUGUGGAAACCCAGGCCUAGAGGGCCCUAGGACGGGACAGGAAGAGGCCCCAGAGGCACUUCCUUUCCCCUGAGACUUAAGGGAAAUUGGUCACACCCCUGGUGCCACUCAACCAGCUGCUUCAUUAAGACACUGGGGUGAAGCUUGCAGAACCGCCACAUAACCUCGGGUGAGGCCCUGCUCCUCUUUGGGCCCUGGGGACCCAUCUGUGAAAAGGACUCACCACAUCCUGCACCUUCUCCUGGGCUUACAGCCUCCAGGGCUUCACUUGGCCCUGGAAGAAGGUACUAGACUUUCAUUUCAAUCCCAGAGUUCCCUCCUCCAUGCAGCCCCCCAGGCUGAUGGUUGUGUCUACAGCCUCUGCCCCUCCCUUAGGUACGGCUCUGACCCAAUGCCUCUGUGGUCACUCUGACUGCAGGGCACCAUGUCCGAUUAUGACCGCCCCCACUGGGAGUUCCGAGGCCUCAGGAGGUCAGACUCCACAAAGGUGACCUCGGGGGUAAGGGGUGGGUUCGAGCGGCUGAGCAUCUCGCUGCCACCAGAGGGCGCAGGCGCCCUGCAGAGCGCGACCAGGAAACCCUUCCCUCAGAAAUGCUCUUUGAGGUUCUUGUCUGAGUAUACUGAGGCCCAGACAACAGUCAUACCGUUUCGUGGGUGGCUCCUGGGGUUCAUGGGAAGUCCCCUCCACUUGGCUCUAUCUGUGAAGGGAUUGGGGCAGGGUGGGGGUGCCAGGAGAGGGCCCAAGGGCUGCGCCUACCGGGCGUGUAGGAGUUUGGGGGGGCCGCAAAUUGCGACGUGAACAUCGGGUGAUGGGAACAGCUUGGGCAGAAACGCUAAGCCGUGACCGAGUGGCGAUAUGUGGGGAAUGGGCCGAAGACCUGGGAGCAAGGCUCUCUGGAGGCGGAGGGUGUCCGAGCAGGGGCUACACCGUGAUUCAUGCACAAUACUCUGAGGUCGGGCCGAUUUUCUUCCAGCUUUACAAACGACAAAUGUGGAAACAGGCUCAAGAGGUUGUCACUAGCCCGGGGUCAUCCAGCUGAGCGGGAUUCGAAUCACAAGAGGGGGCAGCAGGUGCCCAAGCAGAGGGAGGCCCUACCCACUUCCUCCUCCUUCCCGCAUCGCUCAGAGUGGGGAAUUGACGCUCAGUCUAGUCCGAGGCUCUCCGGCCCCGAUUGGAGCCAGGCCAUUCCGCAGCCUUCCCGCUCGGAGCUGGACAUGCCUCGAGUCAGAUCUGCAAGCUGUGGCCAGUUGAUGAUUAAACCUAGUGGCUCCAUGCUCUUGCUGGGCCUGGGGCCCGCUCCCGGCCUUGUUUCCCCCUCUUUACCCCCGAGGUCCGCGAGAGACCGGCUCUGGUCCGCGAUGCUUCAGUCUCACGCUAGGGUCCACAAGGGUAGAGGGCAGAUGCAGAAUUUGUUAUUUUGUUUCACGCCUGGGCGGAGCCACGCCCCUCGCCGCGCCAUUGGCGUAUUCCUUUCUGGGGUGGGGCCCGCGUCGCGCCCCGCCCCUCCCGCCGUAUAAAGGCAGCGCCGGCGCAGGCCGCGCAGGAAUUUCUGACCUGGUCCGCAAGUGCGCCUGCGCACCCCGGGCAGGUUCGCGUUCUGAGACUGUAGCCUCCGCGCCUCGCGCCACCGCGUCGCGGGUUCGAGGCCAGGGUCUGUGCGUCGCGUGUUCGCAUCCCAGGCGCGAUGCUGUUCGACAAGGUGAAGGCUUUCGUGGUGCAGCUGGAUGGCGCGAGCGGCGGCGCCGAGCCGGUUUUCAGCGGCGGCCAGGCCGUCGCCGGCCGGGUGCUGCUGGAGCUGGCGGGCCCGGCGCGCGUGGGAGCCCUGAAGCUGCGCGCGCGGGGCCGCGCCCACGUGCAUUGGACCGAGUCGCGCAGCGCGGGCUCGAGCACCGCGUACACGCAGAGCUACAGCGAGCGCGUGGAGGUCGUGAGUCACCGUGCCACGCUGCUUGCGCCAGACACGGGAGAAACCACGACGCUGCCUCCUGGGCGCCACGAGUUUCCAUUCAGCUUCCAGCUGCCUCCGACGCUGGUGACGUCAUUCGAGGGUAAGCAUGGCAGUGUCCGGUAUAGCGUCAAGGCCACCUUGCACCGUCCCUGGGUCCCUGCCCGCCGGGCAAGGAAGGUAUUUACGGUCAUUGAGCCCGUGGACAUCAACACACCCGCCCUGCUGGCCCCUCAGGCCGGAGCUCUAGAGAAGGUCGCCCGAUCCUGGUACAGCAGCCGUGGUCUCGUCUCCCUCUCCGCCAAGAUCGACCGAAAGGGUUACACCCCAGGCGAGGUCAUCCCAGUUUUCGCGGAGAUCGACAAUGGAUCAACACGCCCCGUGCUUCCUCGGGCAGCCGUGGUCCAGACGCAGACCUUCAUGGCUCGGGGCGCCCACAAGCAGAAACGAGCAGUGGUGGCCAGUCUCGUGGGCGAGCCUGUGGGCCCUGGGCGGCGGGCGCUGUGGCAGGGCCGGGCGCUGCGUAUCCCCCCUGUGGGUCCUUCCAUCUUGCACUGCCGGGUCCUGCACGUAGACUACUCCCUCAAGGUCUGCGUGGACAUCCCCGGCACAUCCAAGUUGCUCCUGGAGCUACCACUGGUCAUCGGCACCAUCCCCCUGCACCCUUUUGGGAGCCGCUCAUCCAGCGUGGGCAGCCAUGCCAGCUUCCUGCUGGAUUGGGGGCUGGGAGCCCUGCCAGAGCGCCCUGAGGCCCCUCCCGAGUACUCAGAGGUGGUGUCUGACGGGGAGGUGGCGGCCGCGGGGCAGAGCCCCUUUCCGCCACUGCAGGACACCAGCCUGAGCCUCGAAGGCCCCUUCUUCACCUACAUCCAGGAAUUCCGCUUCCGCCCGCCACCCCUGUACUCCGAGGAGGACCCAAACCCCCCCUCAGAGGCCAUGAGGCCACGCUGCAUGACCUGCUGAACAGCGAGGGGAGACCUCGAGGGAUGAGGUCGCACAUGCGCUUCUGGCCACCGUGGACGUGGGCAAUGCUGUGUCAAGAGCUGACCAACCAGCUUCAGCUUGACGGCAUUGAAGUUGGGGACUCCGAGCCUCAGAACGGGCACGGCUUUCUGACAUCACGCAGGACAGAGGAAGAGCUGGGCAGGAGUCUGAUGUGUCUGGACCAGUCCUCGUGAGGCAUUGAGUGCCCGUCGACGGAUCCUGUCGGUCCACACCAGCCCGUGGAUAGGGCUCGGGUCCCCCAGGAGCCUCUAGUCUGGGAGAGCUGUACCCAGACAUAAAUACUUCCAGUCUCGUGGGACCAGAGGAAGAGACCCAUGGCUGGGAGAGUCCUGAAGGGAGCAGAGAAGGCUUCCUGGAGCAAAUGGCCUUCUGGCUGAGGCUUUGGCAUACAAACAACCGCUCAGCAGGCAGACAGGCAAAGAGAAAGAAGAAGUUGGAGAAGGUCAGAGCUGAGUGAUGUUUGGAGAUCACCCCCUUUGGGGCUUAGAGGGCGAGUGCCUCAGUUGAGGCCACAUGGCAAGGUCCGGCAGGCGAGAGGGCCCAGGAACAGGGCAUUCAGGGAUGCAUGUCGUCGAAGCAAUGUGGGACCUAGGUGGGGCAGGGACACUGGCUCCAGCCUUUGAAAGCCAGAGAGAGAUUGCUGGCCCAGGCCAGGACUGCCUGGGGACUCCUUCAAGUACUCCAGGACAUGAGACCUCGUCUGCAUAUUGUAUGACCCCAGGAAACCUGGUUCAGAACAUUCAGCCGGGCCCUGGGGACAGAGGUAAGCCUGGGGUAACAGCAGGCCCAGUGCAGCUCUGGGAGAGACUUCCGGGAGGGAGGGAGGGACAAAGUAUGAGGGGGGCAGCUGGACCAACCCCCUACCCCCGGGUUGCAGAUUCUCAGCCCUGGCUGGGGCAGGACCCCCGCCUGGGACUCAACAUUUUUGAUAAGCCUUAAAUUGUUCCCUUUUUUAUAGUUGGGUUUUUUGGGGUGUUUUUUUUUUUUUUUAAAUAAAAGUGUGGGGAAAGAGACUA